UCACGAUCACCCCUCCAGAAUCGACAAAGAUCUGUCAUCCACAGGCAAGUCUGGGGAAGUUUGCAAUCGACGCACUGCUGUCAUUUCCACAUCAACUCACCGCAAGCAUUCGCUCCAACAUGGCACGACCGACCACGCCGCCGCCGUCCAAGGCACCGACUCAGCCUGCAGGCUCACCACCGACCCCAGAAGUCACGAGGCGCAUAGAAGAGAACCGCCUGCGCGCCAAAGCGAUUCGCGACCAACGCGAAGCCCAUCAACGAGCCACCAACACCGAGCCCACCAUCACCAAGUCAGCGUCAGGGUUCGUGCCGACAGAGAGCGUCCACAUCACGAAGCCAGUCAGCAGUGGCACCAAACGAUCCCACGACGAGCUAUCGCGCGAGACCUCGACAGCCGCGGGCACGAAUCGCGAUGGACGCAACAAGGGCGACGAGGAGGCGCUACGUCCGGCCAGAAAGUUCACCAAGUUUGUGGACUACAACAUGUCCUCCAUGACAGACACCAAGGGUGGUUUCCUCAGCACGGAAGAUGAUCCACACAACUAUGCGCUGGGAGGUGGCAAAAAGGACGAUGAGCAGCGACCGAAGAACAUGACGAUCCAAGAAUGGGAGAAGCAACAGCUCAUCAAGAAUUUACAACGACACAAGACGGGUCCAUACGAACCGGGGCUCAGUGUGCUCGACGAUCCCAACCAAAGGAAACGAUGUCGAGACUGCAACUCAUUCGAGAUUGACUUUGUCUGGCAGGAAGUAUUUCACCUCAGUGUCUGCCAUCGAUGCAAGGAGAAAUACCCCGAAAAGUACAGUCUUUUGACAAAGACAGAGUGCAAGGAGGACUACCUUUUGACUGAUCCGGAGCUGCGCGACCCAGAACUACUGCCACAUCUGUCGAAACCGAACCCCCACAAGUCACACUGGCACGACAUGAUGCUGUUCCUCCGGUGCCAAGUCGAAGAGUACGCGCUGAACACGAAAUGGGGCUCCGCGGAAGCCCUGGACGCCGAGUUUGCGCGGCGCGAGACACAGAAGCGGACCCGCAAAGAGAGCAAGUUCAAGGAGAAGCUGAUUGAGCUCAAGAGGAAGACGAGGACAGACGCGUUUCGACGGCAGGCGGGGAGUCUGGAGAAGACGGGCGCCAAGGGGUUUGGCGACCGGAUAGGCGGGGGUCGACACGUCCAUGACUGGGGGCGAACGGUCUUGAACGCGGAGGGCAUGACGGUCAAGACAUGCGCGGACUGCGGGAUGGAAGUCGAGGAGCUGGAGCUGUGAGGGCGGGGUUUGUCCCGAAGCCACGAGUGGUCAAUACUCGGGUGGUUGUAAGCCACAAUACCGUCUUCAAUCCGUUACUGCGUCGCAAGCUCUCUGGAGGACAUCUGUGCGUAAAUGUUCGCCGACACUUGCCAUAUGCGGACCGCCGGCCGACCCCGGAGGGGAACCGGCCGGCCCUCAGACCACGACGCGGGGCCCCUCACGCAUGGACCAAUGGACCCCCAACCUCCAGA